AUGCUCCUCCCAAGUGGACCUUCCUCGCCGAUAACAAUUGCUACAACAUCAGACCUUGAUGAAAAAGCAAGAGCAAGAUACGAGGGCUUGGUUUUCGGUGAGAGGCUUCUUGUCAGUGAGAGUGUACUGACUGAGAUAUUUAGAGAGCAAGAGAUAGUUGUCAUUCACUGUAUUGCUCUGGAGAUGGCAUAUGCUGACAUGGCUCUGCGCCAUGAAACAUGGGCUGGGGUAGUCCAACGAAUAGAGAUCAUUCAACUUGAUGACGAUAAUGAGAUGGUGGAUUUUUCUCAGAAUGGGGUCACAGGAAAUUGA